AUGUCAUCAAAAACCAUUCCAUCCAUUGAAUAUAUUAAUCGCGAUGAAUUAAAAGAUCUUAUCAAAGAUAAAUCAAAAAUUCCCGGAAAGGAUUAUUUAGUGGGAGGAAAUAUUCCCAAUUGCAUCAACAGACAAUCUUCCAAAAUUCAUGAUAUUCCUCAAAUAAUUUUCACUUGUGCACUUUCAAAAGCUCGUGGACCAAAAUGUGCCAGAAUUUAUAGUGAAGAAUUAUUUCUCAAUAAAGGCAUUAAAACGGAUCAAAAAGUUCAAGUGCUUAAAAAUGGAUUUGAAGGAUGGCAAAGUAAUUAUAAGGAUGAUCCAGAAUUGGUUGAGAAUUAUAAUAAAGAAAUUUGGGAUCCUGAUUAUAAUCAAUGA